GGCUCUGGCGCCGCGAUGGGCAGGGCGCCGACCGGCGUGCUCUCGCUCGCCCUGCUGUGGUGGGGCCGCGCGCUGCCCUGCGAGGGCAAGGCGCGGGGGCAUGGCGGCGCCGGCGAGCUCGAACUCGACCUGGUGGCGGACACGGUGAUGAUGCAGGUCGUCCAGGGCGCGGAGGCGUCUUCGUCCACGUCGCUGGACUCCGUGCUCAGGUGGAAGGCGCCGCAGAGGUCGUCUUUGGAGGAUCACCCGGGCGGCGACUCCGCCCCCGCCGCCCCUCUGAAAUUGGUGCAGGUGGACAACGUGCCGUGGAGCGCCAAGGACGACGCGCAGCAGCCGCCCGACGAGCCGCGCAUGGCGGCGCCCGUACCGGGCGUGGUGCAGCUCGCGGCGGCCGAGAGGGCUGGCAGGGCCCCCUGCCAUCUACCAGCGCGCCGAUGCCAGCGACGGUGGCGCCGCGGGCAAGGCGAGCCUCCUGUUUGACCACAUCGACUCCGACCGCGACGGCAGCAUCAACCGCGGAGAGCUUUUUGACCACAUCGACUCCAACCACGACGGCAACAUCAACCGCGGUGAGUUCGUGGCCCUUCUCGAGGAAGAGAAGGCGGCCGCCCCUGGCGUGGUUCUCCUCGACGACGUGCAGCGAGGGAGGAGGGCGCAGGAGGCCCAGGAGUCCAGCGAAAUCGCCGAGUUCGUGA